AUGAAUUUCCUCUACUCAACAGUUAACACACUGCGGGAUCGCUAUACGCCCGUAUCCCAUAAGUCAACCUUCCGCCAGACCGGCCAAAUCACACCCGAAGAGUUCGUUGCUGCUGGCGACUACCUCGUCUACAAGUUCCCGACCUGGUCCUGGGGCGAUGCCGACUCUCCCGAACGCCGAGUCAGCCACCUGCCUCCCGGCAAGCAGUUCCUCGUUACACGCAACGUUCCCUGCCAUCGCCGUCUGAACGACGACUUUGCUGGCGACGCUGGGCACGAGGAAGCUCUCGUCAACGACGGUGACGACUUCAAGGGUAACACAGGCGGUGACGAAGAUGGUUGGUUGAGGACUGGUGGGCUGGCUAGCUCACAGCCGCUCAAGGUCAAGGAGGUGAGGACGGUAGACGAUUCGGGAAAUGUCGGUGACAGAGAGGUUGUGGAGGAUGAUGAGAUUCCCGACAUGGAGGACGAAGACGACGACGAGGCCAUCAUCCGAGAUUCUGGCGCCGAUUCCAAGAACAGCGCUCACCGAACAUACACCUUGUACAUCAUGUACUCUCCAUACUAUAGAACACCCCGUCUGUAUCUGUCAGGCUAUCUCGCCAACGGCCAACCUCUUCCUCCCACCGAUAUGACAGAGGAUAUUGUCGGCGACUACAAGGACAAGACAGUGACGCUCGAAGAUUUCCCCUUCUUCGCCAACAACAUCAAGAUGGCAUCUGUGCAUCCCUGCAAGCAUGCCUCGGUCAUGAAGACAUUACUUGACCGUGCUGAUGCCGCUCUCCGCCUGCGCCGUGAGAAGCUUCGUGCCGGCAACGCCAACAGCAGUCAGGCACCAUCUGGAAUGGAAGGUUUGGUUGAUGAGAUUGGAAAACUAGACGUCAAGGGCGCUCAGGAAGCGGCCGACAAGGAUGAGUGGGAGGAGGUACAGGAAGCCGAGAUUGAUGAUCAGGAGGUUGCUAUCCGAGUGGAUCAGUACUUGGUUGUCUUCCUCAAGUUUAUGGCCAGUGUGACACCUGGUAUCGAGCACGAUUUCACCAUGGGCGUCUAG